UCCUUUUCGGUUGGUAUCCCUCGAGUCCGCCGUCCGAGGGAGAGCUUUUCUCUGUGCUUUUCUCAGCUCGCGGCUCGGACCGACGACACACGUGCGUGCGUGCGUGCGUGCUCGCGGCGUUGCACGUCAACGUUCCGUUCGUUGUAUGUCAACGCGUGUGGCUCGCGACCAAGUGCCGGGGCUGCUGAAUUAAUCCGUCUCGACCGAAGAUGGAGAACACGACGUGUCCGACUAACGUGCUGGAGAGCGCGAGCGUGCCCGGCCUGAUGAUGCUGCUCGCCACGUUGGUCGCCGGCGGAAUCGUCCUCGUGAUCUGCUACGCCGUAAGCCGGCGAUCGCGUUCCCGCCAGGACUCGCAGAAAACGUAUUACAGUGAUGAAUCCGUUCCAGCAUCGCACAUGUACAUGUCACCAUCAUCACCAGUAUCAAUGCAGCCCCGCGAGUUCGUAGGUAAUAAACGCACAAAAAACAAGAAACUCGACAAGAAACGUCAAGUCCACCAAGAACGGGUUCACCCUUGGAUGAUAGGUACGCUGAAGGGACAUACUGGCUUGGUAAACGACAUGAACUUUUCCAGCAAUGGCAGAUAUCUCGCGAGCUGUGCCGAUGAUGAGAGCUUACGAGAGACAAGAAAGCAUGUCCAGUCCUCCGGGCAUAUGUAUAAGAAAAAAGAGUCCAAGAAGAAGACAUCUUCAUCACAGCAGACAGACUGCAGAGAAUCGCAAAGUUUCGCACGUCGCGAAGAUAAAGAAACAGGAAAAGCGUCCAGGAGCAGGACUCGGGGCUCUUCACUGUUUUCUUUCCAACACGUCAGUAAGGUGUCGGAGGAGCCUUCAUCGCUCGAGGUAUUUACCAGUGACACAUCCAGCAAUGAUGACAUCCCGGACGAGAGCCAGUGGCAGAUGAUGUUCCUGAACGAUAUGCCUACCUGCUUGGCUUCCACGAUCAACAAAUAUACACUGUCACCGAAGGAAUUGUUCGAACAUGGUUAUCCCAUCGAGUCAACUCUCUUUCCGGGUUAUGCGAUGAUAAACAAUGUAUCAUACCCAUCAGGCCCCAAGAUUGAAAGUGACAGUGGCCAAUACACCAAUUCUAGCUCGUCCGACAAUUCCGAACAGGAGAGUUCGUCCGACAACGAGAAGAACUUCAACAAAGAAAACAGUCAUGAUAAACAAAAGAAUCGAGACGAGAAAAACUACUCCGAAAACAAAAAAGGAUGCGACAGCGAGAGCAGUUCAGAUAGUGAGAAAAGCUCGGAUGACAAGAAGAGUUCUGAAAGCGAAAAGAGCUGCGAUAGUGGAAGCCAUUCCGACAGAGAGACUAGUCCGGGGAAUCAGAGCUCCGAACGCAGGAAGAGCUGCGAUAGGGAUAGCAGUUUGGACAAGAAGAACACCGAGGAUGAAAAUUGUUCCACCAACAAGAGAUCGGAAGAAAUUUGCUGUGACAACGACAACAAUUUCGCCAGUAAGAACAGUCGAGAUGAGAAGAAAGGAUCAUGCGCAAACAGCAACACAGGAUUAUUGGAGAGGACAUGCGUCAGAUGCUACAAGGUUUUCUAUGCCGAUCAGAAUGGCGAGUAUCUGAACGCGGAGCGUUGCAUUUACCACUGUGGUAAGCUGUACAAUCACAUGACCAACGACAGCUGGUAUUGGACGUGUUGCAACCAGGCCAGAUUCUCGCGUGGUUGUGCUGAAUGGAAGACGCAUGUAUGGACUGGCCUCGUUCCUGGGAUCAAUGGGCCCUUCGCGGGAUAUGUGCACACCAUGCCGUCUCCAAUGUUUCUGCACGAUAACGGUAUCUAUGCGAUGGAUUGUGAGAUGUGCUUUACGUUGCAGGGUCUGGAACUUGCCAGAGUGAGCCUCGUCGACUUGUACGGCCAGGUCGUGUAUGACACGCUUGUUAAGCCAAGUGCUGAGAUCAUCGACUUUAACACCAAGUUCAGCGGUAUCACGGAAGAAGACAUGUCUAACAUCACCAAGACUCUUCCGGAGGUGCAGAACGACCUGCUCAAUUUCAUCCAUGCCGAGACGAUUCUAAUGGGUCACGGUCUCGGGAACGAUCUCAAAGCGCUGCGCCUGAUCCACAAGAACGUCGUUGACACCAGUGUGAUGUUUCCACACUACCUCGGCUUGCCAUAUCGUAAUGGCCUCAAGACUCUGGCGCGUAAAGUGCUUAACCGGAAGAUCCAGGAAGAGACACAUAACUCCAUCGAGGACGCUCGGGUCGUUAUGGAUUUAGUGUUGCGAAAGGCUCAAUAUGAGUGGCAGCAGUCUCUUGUUUGGUAGAUAAAAUCUUAGAUUAAAUCGCCAUCUCGAGAAAAGACUCAUCUACGUGAACAAGAACUAUUCGAUAGUCUUGACACUAGUUCGCGGUGAGAUCAUGUCGCGACAGGAAAUGCGUGUUAUUGGACUAAUUUGUAAAUACAAACCAGGAAGGAUCGCGUUCUUUCUCUUAGUGUUCGUUUCCAGGGGUGGAAUCUGUGAUAUUAAACAUAUAGUGCAAUGCGUUCCUCAUGUGCGUUUUUGUGUCCCCACGUUCGCCUCUGAUGAUAAGGGACGCGAUUGUACUCGCAUAUUAUAUGCAUACAAUACAUAACACAAACGUAACAUACAACGCGAACGUAAUUGACAAUCACGGAGAAAUUUAUAAAUUUAACGGACUA